AUGAUUCCUGAGGCUAUCAAUAAUCUUACCAAACUACAACAACUAUGGUUAACUGAUUUGGAACUGGCUCAGCUAGAUCUAAGCUUGUUCAACAAUCUGCCACUUCAACAGUUUUACAUAAAUAGAAUGCCUGUCAACUUGACAGCAUCGGAAAUGGUUUCCCUGGAAUCAUUGGAAGUUUUACACAUUGUGGAUUGCAAUUUGACGGAACUUGAUCUGUCUAGAUGGAACUCCCCCGUUCUUCGAUCUUUGGUACUCGAACGUAAUACGCUGACAUCGUUUCCCGUCGGACUUAAAAAGUUCAGGACUUUGACCUCUAUCAAUAUCGGAUACAACCGGCUAGAAUCCCUCGACUUUAGCCUAUUCAAAGGUCUAGAUCAUUUGGAACAUCUUUUCCUGAGCCACAAUCACAUUCUGAGGCUGAUAGUAGCGGAAUCAAUUCUUCUUUCAUCGCUGACAUCAAUCAGUUUAGCUCACAACCGCCUGAUGGAUGUGGAUCAAUUGAUGCAGCUGAACCUGCCAGCGCUGGAACGGUUGGAUUUGACCGGCAACAAUCUUGAACGGUUCGAAGGCUUGGAGCAACAUUCCAACAGUAGUCUUACGAAUGUUUGGUUCGAAGAAAAUCCCAUCAACUGUAGCUGGGCAAUGAAGUUUAAAAGUGGGCAAACUAAGCUGAACUGGUUGAAUCAAAUUCGCAAACUUUGCCCUUGGAUCCCCUUUUACAAGCGGUUUAAUCAGCUGGAUGGAGUAUUGAAUGUAAAAUAA